AUGCGAAACUAUUCCGUGCCACUAGCAAUCAUUGAUGGAGACAGGUACAGCACUAUACUAAUAAUAUCCAUGAAUAGCGUUAUUAGAAUUAUUUGCGUAGUGUAUGCUUAUGUAUAAAUUAUGUAUUUCGUAAUAUUUUUCUCGCAUGAAUUUGUAAAUUAAUGUGUGACUUGAUAGAAUCAGAAGCAUUCUUUUUAUUGAUAUUUAGACUAGCGGACCUCGCAUUGGUAUUUGAACUGGAGGAGAGGCCACAGUUAGAAGUAAGAAAAAAGACAGUGUACACAAGUUGCCGCCUGUACCUACAAUCAGGACCUCCGAGUUGAGAUGGAGGGGGGGGGGGGGGGGGGGGCAUUUUGCCCCUGGCAACUUCUCGGAGGCCCUGCCUACAAUCCUGGACAAAACAUCCGCGACAUUGCCAACCAUUUGCCGAACAUUCGUAAUAUUGUCGCAAAUUUAGAAAACUCCUCUCUCUUACUCCCACCAUUCAAUCUUGAUUGCAUUCACGGAAUAGGGCUAAAACAAUUGUAAUAUCUCCAACAUUGCUUUGGGGCGCGAAGGGGACUGGCACAACGAGUAAAUUAGUGCAGUUAAAUGGUAAAAAAUGUCACAGAGUAGUGUUUUAACAGCAUCGCUGAUGAAUUUCACCAGACUUGUGGUAAUUAACGUAGCUAUCGACUGGAUUGUCUAUUAACCCAUUGAGUGGCAGCACUCUCUACUUGACGAGUAAAAUCAUCUGGCGUUAGACAGAGUAAAAUAUUAAAGUGGGGCGCAUCAGGGUGCAUUGCCACUUAAACGGUUAAUCUUGGUCCUCGCUAGGACACGAGCAUUAGCACAAGCAAGUGUAACGUUUUGGACCAGGAUUUACAUGUAUGAAUUAAAUUUACUCAUAUUUUCCAGCAUUUCUUGACGUGUGUUCUGAACUCCGAAGAUGUCGAGAAGACAAUCAGAACGCCGGUAAGGAUUUAGAAUAGUUCAAUAUGUUAUUGUUCAUUUGAUCGAUCAAUCACUAAACGACUCCCAAAUUAUAUUUGAUUUGUCACAAACUAUUUUAUACAUAUAUAGGGUCGUCGUUAUCUUGGGCCCGAUGGUGAAAUAAUGGCUGCUAUUAAAAUACAGGUAAAGAAAUGACUUUAUAUUACAGUAGAUUGUUGUAAGAAUUUCAGUGGGCAGUUCUGGGACCGGUUGUUCGAAGGUGGACUAAUGCUAACCCUGGAUUAAAAUUUAACCUGCUGUUUUAGUUCGUAUAUUUCUGCACAUCUGUGUAUUUCAAAACUUCAGAGAAGUAAACUCCUAUCGAUCCAGACAAGAUCUCUGAAGAAGUUUGUCAUCGUCAUUGCUCUCUGUAACCGGCUUUAUGCACUAACCGCUGUGCCACUGCGCUUAUGUACAUCACAUUGUAAACGUGUUUAUUUUGAACGUUUAUAACCAUGUAUUUUCUUCUCAUUCCACAGUCUACUUGGCGACGUUUCUGCGACAGAGCCGCGUACCUAAUCCAUCGUCAGCGUCAAUGGGCGGCCGGGGUGAUCGCUAUAUCUUGGAUCAUGAACUGUAAACUGUCCAUGGUUAGAAAACAGUUGAAACAUCUUAGACAGACGCAAGCAGAGAAAUUUAAACUUCGUUCACGA